CAAAAUGGAAUCGUAACAUUGAGAUCCGACAAAUUUACCAGUUUUUAUUACUUUCCAGUACUCCUUUCUUUUUUCUCUUUGUAGGAAACUCAGGAAAAAUUAUCGAUUGUUGUCUUCAAAAUCAAAACCCUAAAUAAUAAAGAAUCCCAUCAGAAGCAGGAAUGAGUACGGGAUCUUCUGAUCAGAGUUCAGAAGAGAUGAGUGACCUUCAUAAAGAUGAGGGUUCUGCUCAUGUCAAAAAAUUAGACCUUAAUCCAUUAGAAAGUAAACAAGAGGGUGAAGUUUAUGAUCAUAGAUCUCAAGUGGAAUUGAAUCAGGAGGAGGAGGAAGAGGACGGGCAAAUCUCGUCACCUCCUGAUGUAAGGUAUGAUGAGGAGAGGAAAGCAAAUGGCAAUGGUAUUGAAACAUUACAGUCUUUCGAAGGCGAAACCCAAGUAGUAAAUAACAAAUUGUCUCGAGAAUCUAACUCCCCUAUGGUGGAAGAUACUUUAGGUAGUGGAGCAGGAAGUGGAAAUGUUCGUGAUGAAGAAUCGAAUAAAAAUUCAGGCAAAACUGAACUUGCCUUUAAUGAAGUGGUAGAUGGAGGUUCUGAGUUUAUUGAAAGAGAUCGGUAUAAUAAUUGUGAAACUAAGAAAGAUGCUUCUUAUUAUUCAAGUAAGUCACCACAGAAUAGUGAUAGACUGGAAGGUAGGAUGAGGUCUCCUUCUGCGCAACAAACUGCUGGUCGGAGAUUGUCUUCUUCACCAAAGGGAGUUCGUGAUUUAUCCCAUGCCCCUAGGUCGCCUACCUCAGCUUCUCCUACAAGACGAAAUUCUACUUCUCCUGGGAGGCGGACUCGGCAAGACCUUAAGCGGAAGGAUGAUCCUGAUAGGAAGCGCCAUGUAGCAUCCCCACGAAAACACUACUCACCUCCUGAUCGCAGAAGGAAAGAGAGAUUGGCAUCUCGAUCUCCCACGAGGCGGAGGGAGUCCACUUCUGGAUAUAGAAGAGAUAAUCGUGAUAGAUCUAGAUCAAGGUCCCCAUAUGCAAGAGACCGUCGUCAGAUAUCCCCAAGGAGGAGGUAUUCCCCAAGGCGCAGGUCUCCACCAGGGAGCCAUUCUCGUCAUCGUUCUCCUAGAAGGAGGCCUUGGUCACCACCUCCGAACCGUAACACUGGAAUCGGUAAACCUGGAAAGAAUUUGUUUGUCGCAGGAUUUAGUUUCGUUACUACAGAGAAGGAUCUUGAAAGAAAAUUUUCAAGGUUUGGCCGUGUAAGAGAUGUUCGCAUUGUGCGGGAUAAAAGGUCUGGGGAUUCUCGUGGUUUUGGUUUUUUAUCAUUGGAAAGAGAUGAAGAUGCGGAUGCAGCAAUUCGGGCUCUUGACCAAACUCAAUGGAAUGGUCGUGUUGUCCUGGUGGAGAAAUCUAAAGCGCCUGCAAGCUAAAACAUAUAAUUUUCUGGUUUGGCUGAAGAAGAUCCUAUGUGCAGUUUAAAUCCAUUCCCUGCAGCAAUAUUAUAAUUUCUGGAUACAUGUUUCAGAACGUGUUUGUUGCAAGACUCUAUGUUUGGUUCGUAGAACGUGUUUCCAAUGUUGUCAAAGGGAACUAUCACUUUAAAGGUUACCUUCAAGAAUCUUGGUGUUAUCAUGGUUGUUUACUCAUCUCUAGAUUAAGUAACAGAUGUCUUUUGUUAAUUUGUUGUAAUCUACUAUCUCUUCCUCUUACAAAAAUGACAAUUUGCAUAAAAUCCUGUUUCAGGGUUCACUGGCGAUUAGAAAUGAAAGUCACCUGCCUUCUUAUGUGCCUAAGAA